CCAUGAACAUCGCCGAGGAUAUGGACAUUGCCACGGACCUUUCCAAGACUCAAAAAAUGUUGAGGCAAUUAUUAAAGGACCCAUUAUUGUCAGAUUUAACAAAGUUGAAUAAUAAUGGUAGCAUAAGCAUAGAAGAAGUUGAUACACUGAUUUCAUUAGAAACUGGUACAGCUUUUGAAAUCAAGAUUGAAAGAGACGGAUUAGAACCAUUAACCUUGGUAGUGCGACAAAAUUCUACCAUCCUUGAUGUAAAAAAUUUAAUUCAAUUAAAAGUUGAAAAACUACAAAAACAAAAUAAUAAGGGGCUUAGACCUAACAAAAAAAUUAGCUGGAGAUACAUUUGGAAGUCUUAUUGUUUAAUGUUUGAAAACCAACGAUUAUUACAAGAUAAGCUUCCAAUACAAGAAUUAGGUAUUCGUAGUGGCAGUGUUUUAAAGUUUUCAAGGUUUGUUAGAAAAUCACGUAAAAAGUAUGUUAUUGAAGAUAAUCGAAAAUAA